AUGGGUAGCUGUGUUACAGCGCAUUCCUCAAAUGCGCUGGCGGCUGUGACAAAAGACCUUAGGAGGCAGACGAAGGCCUCCACUGGCACAGGGGCCCACACCACCGGUGCCUGGACAGCACACGCCGGCGUAAGUGGCCCCAGCGCCAGCGUGCAGGCUUGGACUCCGGUCCCCGGCCGCUGCUGUGGCAGCGCUGGGCCCGUCUGCUGCUGCUGGCCGCCAGCACAGGCCGCAGCAGCGAGCCAGGAGGUGUUCCAGCGCCCCAGGAGCCGUUCCCGGGGUGUUCCGAGAAGGCGAACUUGAAAGAAAGAAAUGAAGCUGACUAGUGAACGUCUGCCUCAGGAAAGUAGCUUCGAGACCGUUCUCCGAACCGUUUCAAAGAUCCACAGUGUUGAAUCAGAAGCAAUCAAAUGGAUAACUUCCCCACAGAAUUACACCCAUGCCUUUCUGGUUGCAAAGGCCGAAGAGCUUGCGGACAAGAAGAUUAAUGCUGGCGAACCUCUGGCACAUUUUCUGAAAGGGCAGCUGUUUUUUGAAGAGGGAUGGUAUGAAGAUGCAUUACUGCAGUUUGAACAAAUCAAAGACAUAGAUUUUCAGUCCAUGUAUCAGUUAGGCGUGAUGUAUUAUGAUGGACUGGGGACUUCACCAGAUCCUAAGAAAGGAGUGGAAUACAUGAAGAAGAUUAUCAACUCGGAUUCCCCUAAGGCAAGACAUUUAAAGUUUGCUGCAGCGUACAACCUUGGCAGAGCUUACUGGGAAGGAUGUGGGACUGAGAUUUUGGAAAAAGAGGCUGAAAGAUUAUGGCUUAUCGCUGCAGACCAUGGAAACCCAAAAGCAAGUGUAAAGGCUCAGAGUGCCCUUGGAAUGCUGUACUCAGCGACACAUCCCAAGGAUCUGAAAAAGGCGUUCUUUUGGCAUUCAGAAGCGUGUGGGAACGGAAGCUUGGAAUCUCAGGGCAUCCUUGGGCUUAUGUAUUUCUAUGGACAUGGUGUACGGAAAAAUUUGAAAGCGGCUUUGGAGUGUCUGAAUCAAGCAUCGGAUCGUGGAAAUGUCUAUGCUAAAGGUCAUCUUGUAGAGUAUUAUUACAGAAGAAAAUUUUUUACAAAAGCUGCUGAGUUUGCCAAGAGGGUUACGGAGGAUGACAAUGUUGAACAGAUAGCAAAGGACACAGAUUGCAUGCCUUUUUACAUCGCUAAAGGGCUCGCAAUGGCUUCCUUCUACUUGGCCAGGUGCUUUCAACUUGGCCUAGGAACAAAACCAGACGAAGCAGUAGCUAAAAAAUACUAUUCAAAGGCAUGCAAUCUGGACCCUGCUCUUGCUGCUGAUCUUGAGCUGACAGCGAAUCAUGGAAGAAUUUAG